GUGGAUCAGGUGUCAGGGAAGUGUACCUGAUGUUGACUUUUUCCACACAAAGGACAUACUUACCUUUAUCUCUCAAGACGUGAACGCGCACCUCUAACUGCUAAACAAUGCAGUUGUUUUCCUUUGGAGGGAGCGCGCACUGCAGAUGAAUCAGGAAAAAGGGUUAAGUCUCCCCCUUCCUCAAUUGUUAAUCAAUUCGUGGUCGAUCUUUUAAAGGAAUUGGUUAAAGGAAGUGAUAUUGAUCACAUGAUGACUUCACACGAACAGACUUCUCAGACCUCAUAAUCCAGUUUUCAGUGGGUCUUCUGCAGGUCUAGGACAGACAUGGAUCACAGCUGCCAGGACUGGAUGUCAUCUCUACCCGAGCAGCUGUGGGACAUCCCGCUGACAGAUCUGGCCAUACCUGGGAGCCAUGAUGCCAUGAGCUACUGUCUGGAUAUAAACUCUCCUUUGGUCAGAUCUGAAUCAGACCUGUUCAGGCUGCUGGAUGGACUUUUCUACUGCUUUACCAGACCUGCCAUUUUUAAAUGGGCUACAACACAGGAUAAAAUCAUUGAGGAGCAGCUUUCGAUGGGGAUUCGUUUCUUCGAUCUCCGCAUUGCACACAAGCCUCACGACUCCUCAGAUGACCUGUAUUUCACACACGUCAUAUACACACAUUUAACUGUCUUGGAAACAUUGUCGUCUGUUGCCACCUGGCUCAAGUCCCACCCGAAGGAGAUUGUUAUCCUUGCUUGCAGCCAUUUAGAGGGAAUGGACGACGCACUCCACGAAUCCUUCAUCUUCUCCCUGAGGAAGCUGUUUGGCUCUAAACUCUGCCCCAGAAAGGAGUCAGUCCUGACCUUGAGGAGUCUGUGGGCAUCUGGUUACCAGGUCCUGCUGUCCUAUGAAUCCCAGCAUGCAGCGAGACAUCAGGAGCUCUGGCCAGCCAUCCCUUACUUGUGGGCCAAUAAGCGCACAGCACAAGAAGUGAUCAGUUACCUGGAGUGGAACAAAGACUUAGGGCGUCCAGAGGGCUUCUUUGUGUCUGGCCUGAAUCUGACAGCUGACAGACGUUACAUCACCAUGAACCUGAAGGAAUCCCUGCGGACGCUGACGUUCAAUAACUGGGAGUGUUUGAGGACAUGGCUGGAGAAGCAGAUUCCCGGGUCGGACCCUAAGAGCCUUAACAUCAUCGCAGGAGACUUUGUGGGUCCACUUCCACUCUGCUCUCUGGUCAUUGGACUGAACCAAAAACUUGUUCAAAAAAAACCUCCAUCAGAUUAAACAGUGUUAAUAGCUACUAUUUCAUUCAAUGGGAACUGAUCCCAACAUAGCUACUGUAAUGUAUACCUCAUUACCACUUUUCUAUAUUUCUGUUACUUCCAA